AUGACUAAAGGCUUUGAAAACGAACUCAAAGAUAACUCAAAGCAUAUACGUGAAAUGAUGAAACAACAAAAUGAACACAUCCAGACGUCGAUUACUAUCGCAGAAAAAACACUAAAUAUAUUAAGUUUAACUGAUUUUAUAGAUAUUAUAGUAGAUGAAUUAACCCAGGAAUGUUGGAACAGAGUAAACUUAGCUUUCAACGAUAAGAUAAGGAAGAAUAAGAUAGAUUUUGGACGAGCUUAUGCAAGUGAAAUUCCAAGAUUUAGGGAAUUUCUAGUGAAAUAUGAUAUAACGAUUGAAGAAUUUGAGUUGUUAAUGAGAUUUAAAAGGAAAAGUAACGUCGAAUUUCAUAAUGAUGAUGAUGCAAAAAAACUUAUCGAAUCAAUUCCAGAAAUUUCGAAAGAAUUCAAGGUUCCGUUAAUUAAAGUUCUUAAUGCUCUAGAAUAG